CGCGUGCGCAACUCUCCCCAGCCGCCAAAUUUAAAUAGCUGCGAAAAACUAGCCGAGUCCGCGACGCUCCAGGUAAUAAAUUAAACCCCACCACCAACCCUUCAGCCGACGCUAACAGAAAGCCGCCCCACAAUAACAAAUGAGGCUCGCACGUGAUUCCUUGCCUGUCCUCCGCCGUGACGCAACUGUCCCAACCACGGUGGUGGUGGUCACACAGGUCGCAGCCACCACGACAGAUUCGGCCGCCUCCACCUCGAUAUCUGAGAUCGACCUGACCAUCACAAUCCUCACCACCAUAACCGCAGGCGCCGAGCCAGCCACCUCCAGCUCCUCGACAUCCAGUUCUGCGCCGACCACUGCAUUUUCGGCCCUGAGCUUGGCCGCUCUGGCUGCGCUUUCUGUAUCUGCCCCCAGCGCCAUUUCUAGCCAGUCUGCCCUGGGCUCGAUAUCGCUGACAACCACAUCCACCAGUCUUGCGCUGGCCACCACUGUCUCGCUGUUGUUGAGCACUAGCCUGCUGUCAAGCACGCGGUUGGGCUUGGCCAUCGGGAUCCCGAUCGCUGCCGUGUGCGUAUUUGGCCUUGUGGUGUUCCUAUUGAUCUAUCUUCGGAAACGAAUGGACCUGACGCCCACCGAGACACUAGCGUUCAAGCUCCCCAAAACUACGCUGGCCAGAUCCACGAACGAAAAACACGCCGCAUCCAGUAUCUACCUGUCUUCCGACCUUGAACAGGGGCUCGAACAAACGUACAAUGGCCGGCCUUCUGUGCCCAGUGGGCCAGACCUGGGGGCUCUCCAAAAGCCCACGUUCUUGAAGAGAAUCAGCCGGCUCAUCAACGUGCCCGAGUCGCCCUUGGAAUUCAAGUCGCCGCUCUUUUUGCGCAGGUUCCACUUGCUGUCCAACAAGUACGACGCGGAGUCCGACGAGAGACAGGAGAAAGAGUUGCCCAAAUCGCCUGCCACCACUCCCGACGAGCUAAGUUUGGGCCAUGUUGCAGAAACGGGCUUUCCCGAGAGAAAAGCUUCUUCUAAACGCGGCGUGCCCGAACUGAAAUACGUGGUCAUCAAGCCCUACACCCGUCGCCUAGGUGACGAGCUCACCGUUUCGAUUGGGGAACAAGUAUCUAUCGUGGACCAUCACUCUGAUGGGUGGGCCGCAGUCAAGUUGACUGAGACCGGCGAGGUUGGGGUGAUUCCCCUCAUGUGCGUGAAGAAGUUCGUGGGCAAGAACGAGCUCUAGGUUGGGGGUUAUACGCCAGGUCCCCAGAGGCGUUGGUGUCGAGAUAUAAAACAAGUAUUCGUGUGGGGGCUUCCCUAUAAUACAUACUCUUGGAACACUAUGGUACAUUAUCAGUAUUGUCUCAUGUACCCGGAGUCAGACUGCUGCUUUUGCAUCCGAGGGUCGGGCCUUUGUUCGCCUUCCCACUGCAUUGGGGCUUG